AGUUCAACACAACAUCAAGGACUAUAAAAGGCCUAAAGGCAUAGUGCUAUCAACAGUGCGAUCUUGAACUCGAAACCUUCACAAGUUAAGCUUUAUCUCAAAAUUCAAAAACAUGCCUGCAACAGGAAAGGUAAAUGUCCCAUUAGGUUGUAAAGAAGUUACAAUAUUCCUCUGAAUUUCCAUAGAAAUAAUUUUUUUAAAGAUAAGUGUCUAUCAUAACAAACUUUGAAUGAGAUUUCUUGCACAUUCUUGAGAAAAGAUAUAAAAUUGAACUUUUGACGUGGCUUUGCAGAUUGUAUAGAAAAGGAAGUGUUAAAAGCUUAUGCGAAGGGGAUGGAGGGUUUGUUCUCUCUGGCUUUAUUUAAAAAUACUUAUAGGUGCUUACCGUGGCUUCGUUAUUUCAAGAAAACAGUUAUGUAAAACAAAAAUAUUAAUUAUUAAUCAUAAUAAUAACGUAUUUAUUAUCAUGAUGUUUUCAGAAAAUUUUGCAAAGCGAAGAACUCAGAAGUCAGAUAAAUACUGGUUUGCGAAAGGAUGAUUACCUUGAAGGUAAAGCUAGGCUAUUUUAUAUGAAAGAAGAUCAUGCGAUGACCUAAUCUUUCAUAUAAUUUUUCACCCCGCAGUUCUCAUAUAUAAUUUUCAUAUAUUCAUAACAUCAAAAACUGUAUAGUUGUUCACAAAAAUAACUCGAAACAAUGCGCUCCGAGUUGAAAGAAGUAAAACAAAAGAAAUGAACCGCUAACUCCUGAGAUCUCAAGGACAUUUCUUUUUUCUAUUAACCCACAGCAAGAGAAAAUCGAUUAUUUUCUCUUGCCCACAGCCAUGGAGCCAAGAAAUAAUUUUAAUAAUUUGAAACUAGACUGUCCACAGUCCCCUAUUUUUUCGUAAGAAAGUCAGGAUCAAGCGCUUUUGCAUUUGCAACAAGGGGCGGGCGUCGGCGGGGUCUAUCGUCCCCCGCCCCCUAAGGAGAUUUGACACAAAUCCAAGAAAACCUCCCGUAUAAUGCAAAGCCGGGUCGAUCUUUAUUUGAACUUAGGAAAAAAUAGGGGACUGCGAACAGUCUAAUUUGAGACUAAAGCCUAUUAUGACAUAUAGAAAUGUUAUACCUAGACUAUUUUUGCUCUCUUAUUUUUUUUUAAUUUUUAUCAUUUGACAUUUUCAGGCCAGCUGUUGUGUAGGGAUUCCAAGAUCCAGGUGCUUCCUGCAGCCUUCUAUCUGAAUGAAAAUGUUAAUUUUAAACAAACUGCUACAUCAGGAAAAAUGAGCACACAAGGUUGUUGUUGCUAAGGAGCCGAGUGCAGCAGCAGUAUUGAUGUGAAGAAGUUAUUUUAAAAGCACUAUUUAAUAUUUCGAUUAAAUAUCGCCGCUGUCAUUGCAUCAUAAACAUGUGAACUGUAAGCAAUGAUUUUUUCCCAGUACGUUGAAGGUUCAACUGAAAAGAAAACUAUAUUCAUUUUUUUAGCUACAGUUCAGAUGCAGUAUUGUUGUAGAUUAAGGUACUCUUCUUAUACUAGGAAUAAAAACUAUUGAAAUCAUC